AAUGGCCGGCGUUAGCGAUUGUUUCAGCAUUGGAAGUACGGUUGCAUGUAAAACUUGUUAUAAUAAGGAUAUCGAAGGGGAGGUUUUGGCAUUUGACCCACAAACAAAAAUGCUAGUCUUGAAAUGCCCAGCCUCGAAUGGUAGAACUUCCCUGAAUGAUGUACACAUAGUCAAUUUAUCUUUGGUAUCAGAUGUCCAAGUUAAAAGAGAAGUUAGUCCAACGACCAGCGAACCACCGCAAAGCCUUAAUUUACAAAUGCUUAAUAGACGAGUACGCAAUCAGAUAGAAGAAAAAAAAAGGCUGGUGAUGGCUCUGCAGGCCGGAGUAUCUCCAGACGGACAGAAACUUUUUAUCGCUAUUUCUAAAACUAUACAAGAUGUAACGUGGAACGGUGCUAACAUUGUUGUAUUUGAUAAUGUUAUCAUUAGACCGCCAUAUAAAGUUGACAAUGUGCAUGGAAACGAAGAUUCUAGUGCAUAUAAACAUGUUAAAAAAGUUGUCGAAAAACACAUUAAAGAUACUGCAGCAUCAGCUCAAGUACAACAACGAGAACAGCCACAAAAGGGUAGUAUGAUGCAAUAAAGACCUAAUUAGGCAUUAUCACCAACCAAGGAAAAAAAAAGCUCUGUGCUUUUGCAAAAGUUCCAUUGUUCGAGAGUAUAAUAGGUGAUGAAAGCACAGAUUGUUCAAAUGAAGGAGAAACCAUUGCAGAUAUUUAAGAAAAAGAAAAAAGAAAAAAAAGCAAAUUA